AAACAUGUUUGUUUGGCAUUUCUGAAUUACAAGUUCAAUUGUUCAGAUAAACAGAAGAGAAGAGUAAGCGAGGAACUAGCAGUAUCACAGAUGCUGCUUUUGAAGAAGCAAGCGAAGAGCACCCCUUUCCUCUCUCUAUCUUUGAGUUUCUCAUCAACCAAACUCCGCCCGACCAAUCAAAACCCACCUAUCUUCGCUCCUUCUCAUCUCCAAAGCUACAAUUUUGCCAUCCCACCAUCCAAGACCCACCUCUACUCAUCAUUCUUCUGCACCCUCAUACACCUUUACUUGGCAUGUGGCAGAUUUCUCAGCGCUUCUGAUGCCUUCUUUUCUAUGCGAAAUCACGGCCUUGUUCCUGUUUUGCCGCUUUGGAAUCGGCUUCUUUACCAAUUCAAUGCCUCGGGUUUUGUUUCUCAGGUACCUCUUCUUUACUCUGAGAUGCUCACUUGUCGGGUUUUGCCCAAUGUUUUCACCCGCAACAUUUUGAUUCAUUCAUUCUGCAAAGUGGGAAAUUUGAGUUCGGCUCUAGAUUUCUUGAGAAAUGGUCAAAUUGAUACUGUUUCCUAUAAUACUGUCAUUUGGGGUUUCUCUAAACAAGGAUUGGCUUAUCAGGCUUUUGGGUUUUUGUCUCAAAUGGUGAGGAGGGCUAUUUCAAUCGAUUCUUAUACUUGCAAUACACUGGUUAAUGGGUUUUGUCAAAUUGGGUCGGUAGAUUAUGCAGAAUGGGUUAUGGAUAAUUUGGUUGAUGGUGGAAUUCCUAAGGAUGUUGUAGGUUUCAACACCUUGAUUGCUGGACAUUGGAAAGCUGGACAAAUUAGUCGUGCACUUGAGUUGAUGGAGAGAAUGGGGAGUGAGAGUCUGUUCCCGGAUAUUGUUACUUAUAAUACUCUCAUUCAUGGGUCUUGCAGCAUGGGUGAUUUUGUAAGGGCCAAGAGUCUUAUAGAUGAGAUGUUGAGAUCUCGGAGAUAUGAAGAUAGCCCUCAUGAUGAAAGAGACGAUGACCAGAAUCAGACUGACGGUAACCCUUUGAAACCAAACCUUAUAACACACACCACACUCAUUAGUUCUUACUGUAAGCAGCAAGGACUUGAAGAGGCCCUGUCUUUGUAUGAGGAAAUGGUUAUGAAUGGCAUUUAUCCUGAUGUAGUAAUUUAUAGCUCCAUUAUAAAUGGUCUUUGCAAGCAUGGGAGGUUAUCAGAAGCCAAAGUGCUUUUAAGGGAGAUGGAGAAAAUGGGUGUGGAUCCUAAUCAUGUCUCCUAUACUACCCUUGUCGAUUCCUUGUUUAAGGCAGGCUCUUCCAUGGAAGCUCUUACCCUUCAAAGCCAAAUGGUUGCUCGUGGCCUUGUUUUUGAUAUAGUAAUCUGUACUGCUUUAGUGGUUGGACUCUUUAAGGUUGGGAAAGCUGAUGAGGCUAAGACUUUUUUUCGAACAAUUUCAAAGCUUAGCCUAGUUCCAAAUUCUAUCACCUACUCUGCAUUGAUAAGUGGGCUUUGCAACUUAGGGGACAUGAAUAGUGCAGAAUCAGUACUUAAAGAAAUGGAAGAGAAACAUGUUCUCCCGAAUAUUGUUACUUAUUCUGCAAUCAUAAAUGGCUUCAUGAAGAAAGGAAAGGUUGGUGAGGCUAUGAAUUUAUUGAGGACGAUGGUGCAAAAAAAUAUCCUGCCAAAUGCUUUUGUGUAUGCAGCACUAAUUGAUGGGUGCAUUAAGGCAGGUAAACAAGAAUUUGCUCUUGAUCUUUACAAGGAAAUGAAAAUGGGAGGAUUGGAGGAAAACAAUUUCAUACUUGAUACUUUUGUGAACAACAAGAAAAAGUGCAGAAGGAUGGAAGAAGCUGAAGGAUUAAUUAUGGAUAUGACUUCUGGUGGUUUGUCUCUUGAUCGUGUUAACUACACAUCUCUAAUGGAUGGGUACUUUAAAGCGCGAAAGGAGUCAAAUGCUCUUAACUUGGCCCAAGAGAUGAUGGAGAAAAAUAUAGGGUUUGAUGUUGUUGCAUACAAUGUCUUAAUGAAUGGUCUGUUGAAGCUUGGGAAAUAUGAAGCAAAAUCUGUCUGUAUUGGAAUGAAAGAGUUGGGUUUGGCUCCUGACUGUGCCACAUACAAUACCAUGAUUAAUGCAUUCUGCAGAGAGGGUGACACUGAAAAUGCUUUUAAACUCUGGCAUGAGAUGAAGUGUCAAGGGUUAAUUUCGAACUCAAUAACUUGUGACAUUCUGUUAAGAGGACUCUGUGAUAAAAAUGAGAUUGAAAAAGCACUAGAUGUCUUAGAUGGAAUGCUGGCUGUUGGUUUUCUCCUUACCUCAUUUACUCAUAGAAUUUUUCUUAAUGCUGCUUCAAAGAGUGGGAGAGCUGAUACAAUUUUGCAGAUGCAUCAUAAGCUUGUAAGUAUGGGGCUUAACCUCACUCGUGAUGUUUAUAACAAUCUCAUCACUAUCUUAUGCAGGCUAGGAAUGACCAGGAAAGCUACUUCAGUACUGAAAGAGAUGACUGGAGGAGGAUUUCUAGCAGAUACUGAUACUUACAAUGCCCUUGUAUGUGGAUAUUGCAUAAGCAGCCAUCUGAAAAGGGCUUUUGCUACAUACUCGCAAAUGUUGGCUGUGGGAGUUUCUCCAAGUAUUGAAACGUACAAUUUUCUCUUAGGGGGACUUUCAGGUGCUGGUCUGAUGACAAAGGCAGAAGAGUUAUUUGGUGAAUUGAAGAAUAGAGGCUUUGUUCCUAAUGCUUCUACAUAUGAUAUUUUGGUUUCUGGCCAUGGUAAGAUUGGAAAUAAAAAGGAAGCUAUAAGACUUUAUUGUGAAAUGGUAAGGACAGGUUUUGUUCCCAGAACUAGCACCUAUAAUGUUCUUAUUAGUGAUUUUGCUAAAGUGGGAAAGAUGAGCCCAGCUAGGGAGCUUAUGAAUGAGAUGCAGACAAGAGGGACCUCUCCUAACUCUUCAACUUACAACAUACUAAUCUGUGGCUGGUGUAAGCUAUCAAAGCAUCCAGAGCUGGAAAGGAAUUUGAAAAGGUCAUAUCGGGAUGAGGCAAAAAGAUUAUUAACUGAUAUGAAUGAGAAAGGGUAUGUUCCAUGUGAAAGUACCCUUCGAUGCAUCAGUUCUACCUUUGCUAGACCAGGAAAGAAGGCUGAUGCUCAGAGGCUAUUGAAGGAACUGUACAUAAAAAAGAACAUAUGAUAGAUGGGCUGAACGAAGAAAAGAGGAAAUACCCAUCCUGGUAUAACAUGCCUUCUAAUCAAUAAUGUAAUGUGGCUAGUUCAAUUCUUCAGUUGGAACCAAGUCCUGAAAUGCUAUAUACAUGGUUGGCCAUUCUGCAUUUGAAGAUCAAGGCAAUGGCUCUCCCAAUGAUUUCAGGAAUCUGUUUAAAGAUAUCUUUGAUAAUGAUGUAAUGACUUUAUUCUAAAAUUAAGGUUCUACAGCAAGAUCAUCAUUUUCCGUCAGAAUUUGGUGGUCAAGAUAUCAAAGGUUUUAUCCAUCUUCAUUAAUACACAGGUUUCAUUGGAACCAUCCUUUAUGGAAGCUGUCCAGGGAUGUGCUAAAACUGUGCAGUGGCCUGUGAAGGGUGGUAGUGGUGUUCCUCCUGGCACCAGACCUGAAUCAUGUAAGCGCUGUAAAGGGUCUGGUAUGACUUUCAUGCAAACUGGCCCAUUUAGAUGCAUACUACUUGUUCGAAUUGUGGUCGUAAUGGUAAAACCUUCGCGGAGCGACUACUUGAAGCAGGCAGGACUAUACAAAAGGAACAUUUCUGAGCCGUCAAGUACUUUAUUUUGGUCUUCUUUGCAGGACCAACUACUUGUAACAGGAUACCCUUUGGAUUGCUUUUCAGAAUUUUCUGCUUGAAUAAAAUGAUGAAUUUUUGAAAGGUUCAGAAAGGGUUUUGAGGCUCCUUGUUCAGGUUGAGAGAAAAUGUCAAGUGAUCUCACAUUAGCGUGACUAUUUGCCCCCUUCACUUUUACAUGACAACUGUUUUACCACAUCUCUGCCUUUAUAUGCACACAUACUGAGUUUAAUAAUCUUGAUCUUAACCUUUAACAUAGCUAUAUCUGGAUGCCAUCUAACCCAGCCAAAUUUAUCCUCUUGUUUUUGAAGAGGUUGCCAAAAUAUGCAUAUUCCAGGUUUUUUUUAAAUGAUCCCCUUUAUGCCAACGGGGUCUAGCCGAGUGAAAAGGACCUUGAUUUGCUGAGGUUUCAGGUUUGAAUCCCCAUGGCAUCUGAUGUAGAACAAAUGGCUGAAUGGAUUGAAGAAGACUUGGAGCGAUGAAUGGAAAAAGGACGCAGUAGGAAUUUACAUA